CGAUGUCGGAGGCGCCGCCGGCGGGAGCGCCCCUGCGCCUCUGGGCUCGGGAGCAGGCCCGGCUCAAGGCCGCUGUGAUCGCCCAGGAUACGGAGCAGUGGCAGAAGGAGCCGGGCUUUGCUGGGCUGCACAGGGUCGGAGGCCUGGACUUAUCCUACGUCAAAGGGGACGAGAGCGGCGCCUGCGCUUCCCUCGUGGUGCUCAGCUACCCGCAGCUGCAGGUGCUCUACGAGGAUUGCCAGAUGGUUGCUGUGACAGCCCCAUACAUAGCAGGAUUCCUGGCCUUCCGAGAGGUCCCUUUCCUGGUGGAAGCAAUUCAGAGACUGCAGCAGAAGGAUCCCGGGCUCACACCACAGGUGCUGCUUGUAGAUGGGAAUGGCCUGCUCCAUCACAGAGGAUUUGGUGUGGCCUGUCACCUGGGGGUCCUGACGGAUCUACCAUGCAUUGGAGUGGCCAAGAACCUCCUGCAAGUGGACGGCUUGGCCAGGGAUGAGCUGCACAGAGAGCAGAUUCGUUCCCUGCAGAUGGAAGGAGAUACAUUCCCGCUGACUGGCACUUCAGGGAACGUCCUGGGCAUGGUCCUGCGUAGCUGCAACAGCAGCUCUAAGCCCCUUUAUGUCUCUGUGGGCCAUAGGGUGUGCCUGGAGACAGCAGUGAGUCUGGUCAAGUCCUGCUGCAGGUACCGGAUCCCGGAGCCCAUCCGACAGGCUGAUAUUAGAUCGAGGGAGUAUAUUCGGAAGCAGCUGUGCUCAUCACCAGAGGUCAGACCUUCUGUGCGAAAGAGACAAAAAAAUGAGCCUGAGCCUGAUCACUAAUCUGAUGCCAGAACAAACUGCGGGUCUCCUGUAACUGGAUCCUCUCCUGCACCGAGACUGCAGGUGGGCGUGUGAUUCACGAGGGAGGGAUGGAGCCAACAGUCUGCUGCGGAUUUUGGAAGACGUCCGGAUGCCUGGGCCCAGCACCUGAGAAGCCUUCUCUCUAGUGGGUGCCUGUGGCUCCAGCCUGCCUUCGUGCCCCCAGCAGCUACCAGACCUCUGUGGCUGCACCUAGGUCGUGUGCUGGGCACAGGGUGCUCUCGGGGGAGCUCUGCAUUGCUGCUGCUGCUGCACGAAUCGUGUGCGAGGGCAGAGACCUGCUUGCCGUGCUGUUAUCGUGACCCUUUCCACCGUGGCUGAGCCAGAGGGGCUGCGAUGCGGAUCAGCCCUCCGUCAAGAACAGAACAUGUUGGAGAAGGGAACGUUUCCCUUCCAGGCGGGUGGGGAGGGAGCGCCUCCCUCCUACACAAGCAGCCGAGGCAGACGGAGCCCGGCCUCAUGUUUUGCAGUUUGAGCAGGCUGUGAGCGCUGGUGUCAGGUCAGCA